AUGGCGAAACGAAAGCGCAACAACGUGCAGACGAAUGCUGUGAAGAAACAGACCCUCAGCCUCCCGAGUCCACCCCAAGAUGCAAACCCCCUGGAACCAGCGAGUGUACACUCAGUCAUCUCAUCUGAAGAGAUUGAGGUCGCCGUGGAAACUCUCCAAAUGCUUUCGGAGCAUCCGCUCUUGAUCAAGUCAAAAGCGUGCAAAGAGCUUAGGACGGCUGUGUAUGACUUUCGUCAAGCAUGCACCACUGGCCUCAACUCAGCUGAGGGCAGCAACCUCACUGCACGCAUCUCAGCAGCGCUCACAGAUGCCAAAUAUAUGGAGGCGCUCAUCUUACUGGCAGAGAUGCGCAUUAGAAAAGACACACCAACACUGGGUGCCCUUUGUCGCUGGGUGCGCACUCUAGACGUAGUCUCUGGGCUCUCAAUUCACGUGCAAGUGCCUAGUCAGAAUGUGGUUGGUACUAAUGCGCAGAACGAUGAGUUGAUUCGGGUGUUGGACUCUAUACUAAGGGUCACUGGACCAACUGAUACAACAUCCCAUGGAGUAGGCGUCGCAUCAGGCAUCUCACUACAAGAUACGUGGGAUCUACGAAGCACCAGUAACCCGACUCGUCAGACACGUCGCAGAAUUGAGGACAAGUCAAUCUUCAAAUCAUGCUCUCCGGACCUCAAAGAUCGAUUCCGCAUUAUCGAAACCACACCCGGACUUCAGCGCAAACCGCCGAACCUUCAUCCAGCCAUCUUGUACGCAUCGCAAGAUGAUACUGUACUACUUGGCAAAGGCCCGAAAACGGAAUGCUUUAAGCACCCAAUUGUACCCAACCUCCGCCUCAUCAAAGACGUACUAUCUCCUGAGGAGUGCUCCGCAAUCAUCGCAGCAGGGGAGACUAUAGAAUUCAUCCCAGAUGCACCCAUGCGACCGCAAGGCGAAGAUACGAGCGUGCUUGCACACAAUUUCUACUGGAUCGUCGACCAAGCUUUCCACGACAGGCUCUGGGAUAGAGUCAAGGCUUUUGUACCAGAGAAUGUGGCUGGCAAACAAGUACGCGGCAUCAACCGACGUUUCAGAGUAUACAGAUAUGUGCCUGGCGCCGAGUAUCGUUGUCACAUCGAUGGCGCAUGGCCACCGUCUGGAAUCAACCCUGAGACAGACGCUUAUCAAUACGAUGCCUCGCCUCCCAACGCUCGCCAAUCUUCGCUAUUCACGUUCCUUAUUUACCUCAACGACGAGUUCAAGGGCGGCGAGACGACGUUCUUCAUCCCGAGUGUAAAGGAAGGUGUCAUCAACGCGUAUCCGGUUAAACCAAUCAUGGGCAGUGUGGCUGUGUUUCCGCACGGUGAGGCUCAAGGUGCGUUGCUGCAUGAGGGAACGGGUGUGGUGGAAGGUGCCAAGUAUGUGAUUAGGACAGAUGUCGAGUAUGAUGUUGAUGCCACGGUCUGAAGACAUGGCUCUUGUUUGUAAUCGGAAAGAAAAGUGUAUAUCAAGUGGCGUUAUUACGGCAAGCCAAUGCGAUGCAAAUCUUAGAUAUAGUACUGUUCUACCUACGCGGCUACAUUACCAAAA